AUGGUUCCCGUGGGUGCCCCCCUUUUCAGGCAACAAACCAUCCUAUACUUCCUCAUGAUCACUUACGCUCGUCUGCUCGCCACUGCGUGCGCGUUGGCUACUACUGCCAAUGCUGUCACCCCCCUUGUUGUCAAAGGCACCGAUUUUGUCAACAGCAAGACUGGUGAUCGCUUCCAGAUCCUGGGUGUCGAUUACCAGCCUGGUGGUUCCUCUGGCUUCAGUACGACUGAGGAUCCCCUCAGCCAGCCCGACGCCUGUCUUCGUGAUGCCGCCCUGAUGCAGAGCCUUGGUGUCAACACUAUCCGUGUUUACAACUUGUCGCCCACCAUCGAUCACAGCAAGUGUGCUUCCAUCUUCAACGGUGCCGGUAUCUACAUGAUCUUGGAUGUUAACUCCCCGCUGUACGGCGGCUCUCUGGAUCGUACCGACCCCUCUGGCACCUACAAUGCCGUGUACUUUGAGCAAGUCUUCGGUGUCAUCGAGGCCUUCAAGGACUUUCCCAACACCCUUGCCUUCUUUGCGGGCAACGAGGUCAUCAACGAGGACAGUGUCUACGAGGCCCCUGCCUACAUUCGGGCUGUGACCCGCGACAUGAAGGACUACAUCGCUAAGAACGCAAACCGGACCAUCCCCGUCGGUUACUCUGCUGCGGACGUGCGCCCUAUCCUCGUUGACACCCUCAACUACCUGUCUUGCGACCUCAAGAACUCGACCAGCUCCCAGGCCGACCUGUUCGGUCUCAACUCCUACUCCUGGUGCGGAGACUCCACCUACAAGGAGAGUGGCUACGACGUGCUCGUCGAGGACUUCUCCAACUCUUCGCUGCCCGUCUUCUUCUCCGAGUACGGCUGCAACCUGGUGACGCCCCGCACGUUCUCCGAGGUUGCGACCCUCUACGGCAAGGAGAUGUCCGCCGUCUUCUCGGGCGGUCUGGUCUACGAGUGGACGCAGGAGGCGAACAACUACGGUCUCGUCGCCGUCAACAGCAGCGACACCGUCUCCCUGCUGACCGACUACGACAACCUGAAGACCCAGUACGGCAAGCUGGACAUGAGCAGCAUCGAGUCCUCUAACGCGACCCAGACCUCCCAGGAGGCCGUCACCUGUGACUCGGCGCUGAUCAGCACCAGCACCUUCCUCAACUCCUGGGACCUGCCCAGCCGCCCCACCAAGGUCGACGACUGGAUCAGCAACGGCUUCACCAACGCCACCGUCGGCAAGCUCGUCACCGUCUCGUCGACCGCGAUCCCCCAGACCGUCUACUCCUCCAGCGGCGGCAAGCUCUCGAGCAUCAAGUACACCGUCCUGGCCGACGACGCGUCCAACGUCCCCAACAACGAGACCUCCACCACGACCAGCAGCAACUCGUCCAGCUCGUCCAGCACCUCCAGCACCUCCAGCAGCUCCAGCAGCUCGAGCUCCUCUAGCUCCCACGAGAGCGGUGCCACCACCGCCGCCGCUCAGAUGUCCGCCUCCGUCCUCGGUCUCCUGAGCGGAGUCACCCUGUUCGCCGCAUUCUUGCUGUGA